GUCGCCCGGGGCAUACUGAAUAUAUUACACAGUGUGUGCACAUGCACGUGGUCCUUCAUCUCGCACCGGCCAUUUCUAAUUAACUCCUGAAACUUUAAAAAGCUGUCACGGCUUAAAGAAAUCUGGAUAUUUCACUUGUUUUCAACAGAUUGUAAUCGCCAUGAAGGGGAUCUAUUGUUCUAUGGUCCUGUGUCUUUUCCUUGCCUUGGUGGCUUUAGGUUUACAGAUUGCCGCCAGUGUCACGCAAGGUUGGAAAAUCAUCGAGGGCGAACACUUGAUCCAGAGGGCACCUUGGGUCACUCCGUCCAUGUUUAAAAUGGGUGAAAACGAGACAAAACACGCUUCCAUACAAAUAGGCGUCUGGACCAUGAAGAUAUGUGUCAGCGGGCGUUGUUUAGAUAUUGAGGACUACAGACCGAACCCAAACCAACUCGUGAAAUAUUUCGAAGGAACCCCCGGAGAAUUGCAGGCUAUGUCCGUGUUUGGGUGCAUUUUGGCUGGGGUAGCAGCUCUGUGUUUCUGGCCAUUCUUCCAUGUCUUGGACCAAAAGAUGAACUGUUAUGGAAUUUAUGUAUCCAUUCUUCUCGCUAUGUCAGGAUUCUGCUGUUUAACAUUAGGAUAUUUAAUGUACCAAACCGUUGAAAAUAUAGAAGAUCUUUUUAUUGACCGUAACGAGGAGAUAAAAACUUCAUUCCCGUACUGUUUUAUCUUGCUCCUCGUUGGGUUUGCCGCCACGUUUGCUGGAAGCUUGAUUUCUUCGGUCACGAUCUGCAAACUAAACCAACAUAUAGAACACGAGGAACGACUGUUGAUAGAGAGGGAACGAAAUAUGGAUAAGGAUGACAUAUUCUCGCAAAACAUCUUCUCCAAAUCCAGACCACCCAAAUCAGCCAUAUCAAUACAAAACAAAGAACAAGUAGUUUACUCCAUUCAUUUGUAAACUGCGUCUAAUUAAGAGAUAUUAGAAUUUAGAGAAGCUUUUUUAUAUUUUGAUGUACAACAUCUUAAUCAACAACGAUAAUCACCCAUUCAGCCAACAUGCUUCAUUAUUCUACUAUCAUGACGUAACUGAUACAGGUAUACGUCAAUGAUCCGAAGCUAAUUUUAGCAAGUUCAUUUUAAAUUAGAAUAUUCUCUGCACGAGAAUGGUUAUUUUCUUUUAAUGAAUUUGAAUGUAGAAGUCACGUAAAAACUCGUAUGUUUGUCUAUCAGCAAUACGUCAUCAGUAAUACGUCAUAUACUCAUAAAGUUAUGACGCAUUACUGCUGGAGUUCUGAGUUUAAGUGAGCAUAGUCAGCUAGAUACUGGUUUUAAGGUCAACUUUAUUAUGCUAUUUGGAGUUGUUCCUUGUCAUGUACGCUUUCAAAACUAUGUAGCAAUUAUAAAUCUUCCCCACUUAGUUGCAUUUGUACAUGAUAUCAUGAAUAGUUUUCGUUUAGAACACUGUGUUUGAACGGUGCACAAUGUUAUAAUCAGUAUGUUUUGUGAAUGAUGUCAGUUUUGCCUUUGGUCUUUAUAGGCAUGCCAGUUUUGUAUAUCAUAAAAGUCGAUUUCAGUUAAACCUGUUUAUUUCGGAUAUGUCAGGCUCAUACAAGAUCAAGAACAUAAGAUGCUGGUAACAAUAUGUAUUUUUAUGAUAUUUUUCGAAGUUUUUUUUUGGUGAAUUGCAAUACAUCUUGUUUCGACCAUUCGUAACCCUCUUUCACGGCAAAUCUACGUCACAAAUGGCGCUUAAUGUUCGUGUUUUGGUAUUCAAAUUUUAUAAUGUAUAUUACAAUACAUUGCAUUCCACACAUCUAAAAAUCAUCAUCCUAAUUUGUUGGAAUUCUUCAAUCUGCACGUCUUUUACUGUAUAAGCUGUUCCGUAUACUGACAUAAAGAAUGUUUGCAAACUCGUGCCCUGACAAGAUGUACCAGCUAGAUAAAUACAAAAAGAAGUUCGAACAUUAAGCAGUGGCGAUGACGCAGUUGUACAGAGGAGGUAGAAUUUGAGAAAUAUCACUUUACAACAGUUUCUCUUCUUUUGUGAAAGCCUGUAUUCUUUAGCACCAUCCAUUUAAAAUGCAGGCUUGCAUAUCUUGCCUAUAUGGGAACAUUAUUUUUAUUAAGAAUUUUUUGUACAAAAAGUUUCCUGUUAGCAUUUAGUAUUACAUUAUACUUCUAUCCAUAUACAUGUAUUCGGUUUCGUGGAAGAUAUUCAUAGAUUUCAUCCUUAUUUCAUUUUUAUAUCACCACCAGAUACGGGAGUCAUCUUCUGUGUUUAUUAGACUACAUGUUGUGGAUUUCAUUCUGGCUUCAUGAAACAGAAUGGAGUCUAACUACAUGCAAGAUAUUGGACUCAGGCUACGUGUUACAAAUUUGACUACAUGUUACAGAUUUGACUACAUGUUACAGAUUUGACUACAUGAACAUGUUACAGAUUUCAAUUUGCUAUGACUGCAUGAUACAGAUUUGACUUUAACUAGACGUUACAUAUUUGACUCGGACUUUAUGUUGCAAAUUUGACCACACGCUACAAAUUUGUCUACGUUAUAAAUUUGACCUUGACAAUAUGUUCACGUUGACUAGACAUUCCAGUUUUGGCUAGAUGUUACAACUUUGACUAGACAUAGCUACAUGUACAUGCUUCAUGUUUGACGACGUGUUACAGAUUUGACAUGUUACAUAUUUCAACUGACUCUGACUAAAUGUUAAAAAAGUCACGGCAUGCUAUACAAUUCUAUUGGAUUUGACUACGGGUUACAGAUUUGAAUCUGACUGCUAUGACUGCACAUUAUAAAUUUUACAUUAAUUCUUCAGAUUAGACUACAUGUUCCAGAUUCGAAUCCUGAGUACAUGUUACAAAUUCGGUACAUGUAACGAAUGUUUUGUUUGUCAUUCGAUGAUAGGAUUUCUUGCUAUGCAAGAAAUCAAUUAUCACACAUUGAAGGAAACAUUUUCUCUCUCAUUUAUAUGUCUAUAUAAGUAUUUUUCACAAUAAACUUUAAAAAGUUG